ACAUGUUGGAGAUAGAGUACAUAUUACAGAUUGCAGAUAGAGUGAGAUUUUGUGUAAUCGAGUUCAAUGGCGAAUGGAUAGAAUAGAAUAACCUUCAUCAUAAAAAAAUGCUUCUAACUCACGCUUUCUCUUCAAUCCAUUCUUCAUACAUUCCCAUUUCUUCGUGUUCUUCAUCUUCUCCAAUACGACGUCGUUUAUUUACCACUCCUCGCAAAACGAAUCUGAAACACCUCACUUCACGAAUAGUUCAACUAAGUCGCCGAAAACAGCUUCGCCAGAUUCUGAAUGAAAUUGAAGUUGCAAAGAAACGUUUUGGAAAAUUGAACACGAUUGUGAAGAAUGCGGUUAUGGAAGCUUGUGUUCGUUGCGGUGAUAUUGAUUCAGCUCUUAACAUUUUUGAUGAGAUGAAGAAUCCUGAUGCUUGUGGUGUUGAUACUGUCACCUAUGCCACGCUUUUGAAGGGUUUAGGCAAGGCACAUAGAUUUGAUGAAGCUUUUAGAUUGCUUGAAUCUGUCGAAAAUGGUACUGCCGUGGGAAAUCCAAAGUUGUCAGCACCAUUGGUCUUUGGUUUACUAAAUGCCUUAGCAGAAGCAGGAGACCUGCGUCGUGCAAAUGGCCUCCUUGCCUGUUAUGGUUCUGUGCUUCGUGAAGGCGAACAUUUUUCAGUCUCAGUAUACAACCUUCUAAUAAAGGGGCAUAUAAACUCAGGCUGUCCUCAUACUGCAAUAAACAUGCUCAAUGAAAUUUUACAUCAAGGAAUAAUGCCUGACAGGCUCACAUAUAACACACUAAUUUUAGCAUGUGUUCAGAGUGAAAAGUUGGAUGUUGCCAUGCAAUUAUUUGGGGAAAUGAAGGAAAAAGCGCAGGAAUUCAUCCAUGAUGAUCUGUUUCCAGAUAUCGUUACAUACACAACAUUGCUCAAGGGUUUGGGGCAGGCAAAGGAUCUCGUUUCAGUUAUGCAAAUAGUGCUGGAGAUGAAAUCAUGUUCUCAGUUAUACAUUGACAGAACUGCUUACACUGCAAUAGUUGAUGCUUUACUAAAAUGUGGCUCAGUUAAGGGUGCUCUGUGUAUUUUUGGAGAAAUACAGAAACAGGUUGGUUGGAAUCCAGAGUUGAGACCGAAGCCUCAUCUCUAUCUUUCCAUGAUGCGUGCCUUUGCUUUUAGAGGAGAUUAUGAUCUGGUUAAAAAUUUGCAUAAGCGGAUUUUGCCAGAUACUUCAGGAACAAUCUUACCGGUUUCCCAAGAAGAAGCUGACCACCUUCUAAUGGAAGCAGCCCUGAAUGCUGGCCAGGUUGAUGUCGCUACUAAAACUCUUAUGUAUAUUGUUUCAAGAUGGAAGGGCAUAUCCUGGACGAGUCAUGGAGGCAUGGUUGCUUCUCGUAUUGAGGCCUUGUCAGGAUUCUCAGCAUCUUUAUUCAAUCCUUUCUUACUUCCCCAGGUUUCACCUUCUGAACCGAUUGAGGGCUUCAUGAUGCCAUUUAAAGCAACACGGCCCCUACUAGGUACCAUAAAGCUGAAGGAUGUGGUAUCACGUUUCUUCAAUGAUGCAGUAGUUCCUAUUGUAGAUGAGUGGGGAAGCUGUACAGGGCUUUUGCACCGCAAAGACUGCACUCAGUUGGAUGCUCCGCUUUCAACAAUGAUGAGAAGCCCUCCUCCCAGUGUUGCAGCUUCAACAUCUGUUGGUCAUGUAAUUGAUUUAAUUUUGGAGAAGGGUUACCCAAUGGUUAUCAUUUUAAAUUGCACCGACUCGUAUGCUACUUCAUACGGCUGUAGAGCAGUUGGAGUUUUUACAUUAGAACAACUGAAUAGGCUCAUCAAACCUGUAUCUGAAGUGAAAGAGACAGACCUUUCACUCUGCAGAAAAUAGUAAUAUAACAUGUUUAGUUGGUACCAAAAUGUAGAAUUUUAUUUUUAGUGGUAUUAGAAAAUGCAUUAGCUCAAAAACCAAUAGUUUCCGCUUUCCAUGGUGUUGAAAAAAAACAUUUCUAGUGCACUGCAUUUCAACAUAAUUGUCACUUAAUGUUUCGCCCCGAGUGCCUUGCCGAGGAGUUGAUGCAAAUAUUUUUAUCAAAUGAUUUAAGGGAUUUCAUGUA